CUCAGUCCUCAUCAACAACUGUAAAAGUGGAGACUGAUAUGCAAGCUGGAGCAAACCAUGGUUAUGAGCUUCCAUGGAUCAUAGUCAUCGGCUUGGUUUUUGCUCUGAUAAUUCAGUCACUUGCUGCAAAUCUUGGUGUAAGCACAGAAAAACAUCUGGCUGAGUUGUGCAAGGUGGAGUACCCAAAAUAUGUGAAGCUUUGUUUAUGGUUACUGGCUGAGGUUGCUGUCAUAGCUGCAGAUAUACCAGAAGUAAUUGGAACAGCUUUUGCACUAAAUAUACUGUUUCAUAUCUCACUAUGGAUUGGAGUUCUAUUGACUGGUUUUAGCACUCUCCUGCUAAUUGGCCUGCAGAAAUAUGGGGUGCUUGUUGUCCAGGAAAAGAGUGGCAGAUUUCGAGGAACAGGGGUGUGGAAAAUUCCCACUGGAGUUGUUGAUGAGGGUGAGGAUAUCUUCAAGGCAGCUAUGAGAGAAGUAAAAGAAGAGACAGGAGAUAUGGGGCAUCUUCUGGCAAGCCCUCUGAGUUAAACACAUACUCUGACAUAGAAGCUGUGUACAAUUGUUUGAUGAAUGAAUAUGAAGUUAAGGAAGAGGAUUUGAUCUUGUAUGGCCAAUCUAUUGGAAGUGGACCUACCCUGCAUUUAGCUUCUCGUUUAGAGAAGUUGAGGGGAGUUGUUCUUCACAGCGCAAUCCUUUCAGGCAUACGCGUCUUGUGUCCUGUCAAGAUGACAUUUUGGUUUGACAUUUACAAGAAUAUUGACAAAAUACGGCAAGUCAAUUGCCCAGUUCUUGUUAUACAUAAACUUGUAGAAGACCAAAAUCAGAUGAUAGCUCAAAUGCGUGAUGAACUAUAGGCAGCGAAGAUGGGACAGCAGUCUUCCUCAUUGAUGCCAUCAUCAUCUGAUAGUCCUCCAGCUCAUAGAUCUCUUGGUGAUUCACAUAUGGAUUAGCAUGAUGUCAUUACUCACUGACUUAAAUAAUAUAUUUUAUGAUAUGAAUUUGAUACUAUUUGGAUCCAUUAUGUAUUUUGAGAUAUUUUAAGUUUCUUAGUGUUGAACUAUAGUAAUGUUUUGGACUU